AUGCCCAGCGAGCAUCACAGCGGUCUUGCAGAUGUCAGCCCGCAGCUGUCGUCGCGGCAGCGGUACAGCAUGCGAGCUGGCGUGUCGAGUGCGCCGCGUCACGCCCAGGGCCGGAGACACCUGGACCCUCGCCACUUCACGAACGUCACGGAUGACGCGAAGCGGGCAGAAGGGCGGCUGGGUCGGGCACACGUGGCUUCAUCAGAACAGCAGAAGCGCGCCGACGCCUACUACGCCACAAGGCAGGCGACAGUUGAGCAACCGCCGGGCGCGGAGUGCAACCUAUACCUUAAGUCGUACUACUACACACCUCUGUCGAAGCAAGACAGUCCAUCGCCGCCGCCCAGACAGGCGACUGGGUUCCGGCCGGACGCGCAGAGCACCUCCCUUCAGCUCGCCGAAGCCCGUCUGCGCAAGAUCAAGCGCGAGCAUCCACGCUAUGAGGAGGAGGUGACGCGCGCCUUGCAGCAGCAGCACGGUGACUACAGCAUUGUGUCAACCGCGCAGAAAAUUUCGCGCCGCAUUGCCGUAGAGGAGUAUGCCGACGGCACCGACGCGCGAAUGGCACAAAUCGAGGCCUCCACCAAGUGCCGAGGCACGCCUGACUUGGGCUCCCCAGCCCCGGCCAUCAAGCGUUCUGUUCCGUACGCGCUCAGCGAGGAGUGCCCGCCACGCGCCGACACGCAGCUGUCGUGUACCUCGCACGUACGCCUGUACCCAGGUCGCGGUCGAAGCUCCUCUCCCCCAGAGACGUCCGUGAAGCCACGUGCCCGCCACCUGCACGACGGACCGGCCCCGUAUGACUCCACCGCUGUUUCAGGCCAGGCCUACCCGUCACCGCCCGCUGUUGGCGAGAGGUGCAACAUCUACGCGAAGCCCACACUGGUUCACGUAGACGAGCGCCGUCACCGCAACUGCGUGGAGGACGCGGACUCGCUGGCCAUGAAGCGUGCACGCGCCCGCAGCGGUGCCAGUGCUUCACAGGAACGGCCGGAUUUUAUUUUCGGCCCCGGCCCAGCGCCGCAGCCUCGCCCGCCGUCACUGCGUUACCGCACAGAAGCGCGCUGGAAGGCGCAGGAGCGCAAUGCCGAAGAGCGGCGCACCGGUCGCGCGCUCUACCCUCAGUCCUACCAGCCUACUUCCCUUUGGUAG